AUGGCUAGACAACAGCCUAAGAAGGGUGAACUCUCUGAGCGCCAGGAGAAAGAACACCAAGGCGACCACCCCUGCAUACUAAGGACUGGGGGUUCAGAAAAAACGCCAUUGGUGACAUUUCAAGCAGAAGGCGCAACUGGAAAGGUAUGCCUGCGUGAGGUGGGAAAACACUACCACCUGGCAUACAAGAUGGCUCGUAUCGGGAAACGCCCGGUCAGCACAAUGCUAUCUGCUCAUGGGUUUCAGAAAGUGGAAGCCAGCAGCAGCAAUUUCAAUUUGAUGUGGCCAGGGACCCGCAUAAACCCUGUCUUUGUGAACCUUUCCAAAUAA